GGUCUAGAGAGCAAUAAAGAAUAGCCGCCUCCCCUUCCCUUAACCAUGAGGUACUCUGAUUCGGAGUUUAUUGGUCUCCUGACCUUCCUGUACCCUUCGAUGUUGAGAGGAUUGUGGAUGUUGUGGCACCUGACGUGGCCGUGGACGCCAUAGGGUUCGGACACGGUUUCCUGUUGCCGUAACCAGAAUUGCCUCACACCGCUAACGUUUUCCUGUACGUCAUGCAAAGGCAACCCGAGAUCAAUUCAAGCGUGAAGGAGGGGUUCAUGGAUGACUGUUCCUUCUCGUUUUGCGGAGCCCUAGGCCCCGUUGUCUCGUUCUGGGCCCUUUCACAUGGCAGACUUUGUGUUUAUUAGUAUAAGACUCAUCGAUGUUCAGCAAGUCUCCUUCGCGAAGUUCUUUACAGCUCCCUUGUGGGUCCCUCGCAAGUGGUUGGCGUACCAGUUGGACAGGCUGUGUUUAUUUAUCGCAUGCUUUCGCUGCCAACAUGAGCGAACCGACAGCGCCCCGUCAAAUUGCACCAGGGCCUUCUUCCCUGAAAUCCGAUCUGCUCCCGGGUGAUAGUCCGCCUGGAGAAAACAACCGGACGCCUAUGGAUCCUUCAAAAAAGCGGGUGUCUAUGGCUUGUUUGGCUUGUAAGAAGUCCAAACGAAAAUGUUCCGGAGUACCUCCUUGUGAUAACUGUCGAGCUUUUAAUCGGCAGUGCAUUUUUGAUGAAACCCUAGAUCAACGCCGGCGAGUGGCCGCUAAACGUACCGCAGAUGAGCUCAGUUAUCACCGAGAUAUGCUUAAUGACCUCCUGAGGGUGAUGCGAGCGGACGAUCGAUCCUUUGGCCUUAGGCUGUUGGACAUCAUUCGAAGGGAUGCCACCGCGGAGGAGAUGCGUGGAUUUAUCGACGAAGCGUUGGCCCAAAUGGAAGGGACGGACAGCGCCGACGAGGUUACUAUGCGCAAGCUAGAGGAUGUUCGACGGGUGAUCAAUGUAGAGGGAGCCGGUCCGUCCUUUCGCCCAAAGGUUAUGGACAUUCACUACUUAUGCGAUGAGGUGCCUUUCCGAGUCCCCGCAAAACCUUGGACUACAAUUACUGAGGAUGCAGAUCUGGUAUCGCACUUAAUAUCCCUGUAUUUCACCUGGGACUUUCCGUUCCACGCCUUUCUCGAUCGCGAGGUGUUUCUACGAGAUAUGGCCAUGGGCGACCUCAACUCGGAGUUUUGCAGUCCAUUUUUGGUCAAUGCACUUCUCGCAAACGCAUGCCAUUUCUCGGAUUAUCUAGAGGCAUACGUGGACCCAGGCGAUAUUGUUACCAAGGGUGCUGAUUUUCUCGCCGAGGCUGAACGGCUGAGGGAUGAGGAGCCAGCAAAGCUCAGUCUUGCAUUCCUACAAGGUACCCUUCUGUUAUAUGAAAGGUAUUCAAUAUCUGGGCAUAAUGAUCUAGGCUAUAAAAUGCUCCACCAAGCAAUCUGGACUGGCGAAUCAUUAGGGUUAAUUGGCCCGAAGGUCUUCAAGUUGGGGUCUGGGCAGCUUACGGAAGACAUGAAGACCUCUAUCAAGCGGACGGCCUGGGGCUUGUUCCAUAUAGAUACCGUCGUCCACACCGACUUCUUAAGACCAAGUCUAAUUGACAAAGUCAACUUGGAACGGCCGGAUAGCACUCGCAUGGAUGAAACGGCUCUAUGGGUUCCUUAUCCAUCCCAUCGCGCUCCACGACCGUCCCUUCUCAGUCAGUACUUUGACGAGUCUUGGAACCUGUGUGAGAUUGCACGUGAUAUUUCACAACAACUUUAUGCGAUCAAUGGUUCCUCGUUUUCCGCAUAUCAUCAGCGCCGAACUAAGGAAGCGUUGUAUGAAAGGCUUUGGCGAUGGUAUCAGGGACUACCGGAUACCUUCAACCCAGAUCGCAAUCCACCACCCUAUAUUAUAUUACUGAGGAUGAGGUACCACACUUUGACGAUUAAUUUAUUCUCAUGGCGACCAGAGGAUGAUGUUUCGAGUGUCGAUAUCGAGGCCCCUAAAACGCCCGAAAGCCCACCCGGGUUUAGCCUACCACGUUUAAAGUUUGAUGCUCUGGAGAAUAUACUGUCUUCGGCGCGCGCGAUUUCCGCUUUGGCACGGCUCUAUCGGCGAGAAUAUGGGAUGAGUCGUGCGCAUCACUUUGCGCUGUAUGCCAUCAAUCUGGCUCUGUUCACGAUGCUCGAUUGUGACGGCUUUGAUAUUCUGGAUCAAGAUUUCCUCUCACUGACCAGUGCUUUUAUCAGUUUGACCAGCCGUUCUCAGCUAGGGAGAAAUCUCUUCCACCUGUUCCGACAAUCGGUUCUCGGCAAAGGCCAGGGCCAACGGGCAUCAAGCUCAAGUGCCGUCAAUGAUGAGCUGAAGGCUUUAUUUACAGAAGACAUCUCAUCGCCGUCUCGGUGGGACGGGUAUGAUAAGGGAUUGGAGAAAUUGAAUGAGGAUGAACGAUACCAUGGCAUCCCAGGCGAGGGCGAUCACAGUCUCUUCGACAUGCUCGAUUGUUACGAGAGUUUGAGCUUAGGGAAGGAUGAGAUCGCACCGGAGAGAUACCGACCGGAGGCACGCUAGUCAUGAUAAUGCUAUGUAUUGGAAAGUGAUACCUUAUCUAUACUAUAUAUUGGAGUAUCUAUCUAUCUAUAGAAUUAUUGAUUGUAUGCUGAAGUGUUUUGGUGUUUUAUUUAAUUUAACCUUCGGGUGGUGACAUCAUUG